AUGGAUAAUUUCAACACAAUCCUUUCUCUCUCUCUCUCUCUCUCUCUCUCCCUCCCUCUCUCUCUCUUUCUCUUUCUCCCUUCUUUCUCUCUCUCUUUCUUUCUUAUGUAUUUUCUUUUUUAUUUACUUUCCUUUUUUAAUUUUCUUCAACCCUUUUUCUUUCUUCCUCAUUAUUUUCUUUCUUUUUCCUCUGUCUCUUUCUUUCUUUCUUUCUUUAAUCUUUUCUUUCUUUUUCCUCCGCCUCUUUCUUUAUUUCGUUCUUCCUUAAUCUUUUCUUUCUUUUUCCUCCGUCUCUUUCUUUCUUUCUUCCUUAAUCUUUUCUUUUUUUUUCUUCCGUCUCUUUCUUUAUUUCUUUCUUCCUUAAUCUUUUCUUUCUUUUUCCACCGACACUUUCUUUCUUCCUUAAUGUUUUCUUUCUUUUUCCUCCGUCUUUCUUUCUUUCUUUCUUUCUUUCUUUCUUUCUUUCUUUCUUUCUUUCUUCUUAAUCUUUUCUUUCUUUUUCCUCCGUCUCUUUCUUUCUUUCUUUCUUUCUUCCUUAAUCUUUUCUUUCUUUUUCCUCUGCCUCUUUUUUUUAUUCCUCGUCUUUCUUUUUUAUUUCCAUCUUUUUACUUCCUUCGUUCCUACCACUUAAGUCUAUUUUCUUUUCUCACUUGUUUUCCUGUGGACUAUGAAUUUAUUCCUCUGUGA